AUGAACGCCCACACGGCCCGCCGGCCGUCCGGCCGCGUGUGCGGGUUCUGGGAGAAGCUGCAGCGGGAGUUGGAUUUCAACAACUGGGCGCCCAGGAGCAGCCGGCAAUGGCGCUUGCGUCAGCUGCCCUCUGAGGCCGAGUCCGCGGCGCGCCAGGACGACGCGAACGAGAUGUACAGCGAGCUGAAGAAGCGGGAGGACGAGGUGCGCGCGUCGGGCGAGUGGGACGAGGCCCUGAGCAGCGCGAACGCGGCCGCGGAGGAGCCCCAGGUGGCCAGGUCAUUCGAGGACGCGGACGACAGCCUCAUCUCCAGCUCGCUCAACGAGGCGAUCGCCGCGACCACGGGCGCGAGCCUGGACGACGCGGAGAUGCAGACGGACCCGCUGUCGGCGGAGGAGCUCGUGUCGCUGGUCAAGGCCAAGUACGGCCGGACGUACGACCUCUCGUUCGCGCGGCGCGACGCGCCGUGGGGCAAGACGUACGUCGUUCUCAACGUCAUGUGGGUCCACCUCGAGCAGCGCUCCUUCCCGAUGUCGGAGAAGCGGUUCAUGGAGAAGAUGGACAGCAUCGCGACGCUCCUGAACGCGCUCGAGCAGCAGGGGCACGUGCGCGCGGUGCUGCAGGAGGAGGCCAAGCCGCGGUCCGGCAUGCCCGCGCGGCCAGUGGUCGGGACCGCCGUGUCGAUCUACCUGGACCUCCCCGACCAGCAGGUGGCGGAGUUCUUCGGGCAGGGCGCGCAGUGA